CGUGGCAGCAACAGAACAGUCAACAAAUCAAUGCAUGAUGGAAGAUGAAAAAAAGCCUAUUUGCGUGCCUGUACUACCUGAGGACUGCUCUCUUGGAGUGACCAAGGUCAAGAUCAGCUCAAUGUACGAGUCUCAGAGUGAAAGCGAAUUGUUGGCUCUCUGUGAGCCGCCAGUAAAAGUCAUGAAAGUUGAGUCAAUGGAGAUUGAGACUGGAGCUGGAGAGGCAGAACAGAAUCGUAAGAAUGGAGGAAAUGUAGCUGAGUCUUCGCCGUCUGCAAAGAUGUCAGGCCGCUCCAAGAGAAGAGUGAAACGGCUCAGAAACGAGCCCCCAAACAUAACAGGUGAGGAUGGACCAUGCGGCGUUCAUGUGCUGGAUUUUGCAGAAGCCAGAGCCACCGAGAUGAAAAACAUGGUCCAGGCAGUGUCAUCCAAAGAGGGUGGAAAAUUGACCUCUCAAAAACUCCCCAGGCACAUGCGACGAAGAGCAGCUAGUCACAACGUCAAGAGGCUUCCUAGAAGAUGCAGGGAGGCAGCUGCUAGAGAGAUGGAGAAAUCAAUGGCUGAUGGAUCUGCUGAUAAGAACAAACGAAGCCGGAAGCACAGAAGAAACACUUGCAACCUUCAAUCAACUUACGCCCAGAGGCAAAGGAUUCACAAGUGGUUAGAGACUCAUCUGUGGCAUACCAAGAGAAUGAAAAUGUGCAGCAAGUAUGGCUACCAGUUGAGCAAGCACUGCUCUGACAAAGGAGUGAGGGCUGCCUAUAAGUCACUGACUCACGGCUGUUUGAUUAGCGACAUUUCCUACUUCAGUUGCGUGCAGGUGACAGGUGUCCAGGCUAACGUUAUCAAGUGUCUUGCUCCACUUUUCAACUCUGAAACUGGUCUUACCAUUGCUGGAAAAGCAUUCCUCACUGGAGGCAGAGAAGGGAAAGCCGUUCUCUACAGACGUGGGGAGUACCCUCAGGGUGCUGUUGGUCCCGUCCAAUUCCUCUGGAAAGCCCUACCCCCUGAUGUAGCCCAACAAGAACAAGGAAUUAUUGCUGAUAACGAACCCACCAGCUUGUGGGUGUGGUCUCACCCAGCCAUGCACAAGGAGGUGCUCUCUGAAAUCAACGAUUGUGUCGCAGCAUUCAAGACUAAAGAAGUUUCGACUGAUGAUGAGAAUGAACUGAUAGCAGUGCAAGACCUAGGCUCAGAUUUGGUUCGAUUUCGACUCAUUGGCCCUCGCUCUCACGCUCUACUGAUGGAAGCUUUGAAGCCUGUGUUUGAUCCGGAACAGGCUGGUGACAGUGAGCCCAGCUCUGAUUCUAUGGAAGUAGACCCACCACCAAAAGGGCCUGAUACACCUCGAUGGUGGAGGGGAACAGGUCAAAACAGUUUCUACGAACAUUGCCGUCUGCUUUCUGGUACCCACCCUACCAUUAAGAGCGUACCUAGCCCCGCCCAUUUCCAACGGGGUACAGUACUCAGCAUGACUGUGCUAGACCCUCGUUUGUCUACCCCCUCACAUAAACUCGAUAUGGUGUCCAAAUACUAUCCCCUCGGAAAGAACCAGCUAGUGAAUGGCAGCAAAGAAGAAGAAGUCAAGAAGCCUUGCAUGGAAGAUGCUCAAGCGGCCAUCGAGUCACUUCCUGUGGGUGUGGCCUACUCUCCCCUCUGGAAUUUGUACAUCAAAGCCGUUGUCUCAGAUUCCAAAGAAUCGACUCAGCAUAUCAAUGACCUUCGCUCACAGCACCUUACUCAAUCGCCAUCACUUAAACUGGACCAAAAAGUUGCCAAAAUCCCAGUCCUCCUGAUACAGCAAACAGUGGGCUCCGCCUCUCGACGAAUUCCCAGCCAUGGCUCAUCGACUGCUACUUGUGGCUGGGACAUUAUUCUACCUCCCAAUUGGGGUAACGAGUUCUGGGUAUCGUUGAUCUACCACGGUGCACGAGCUUGUGGGCUGGACGAAUUGAAGCAGUGCUCAAUGGAGUUACAGAUUCAGCAUUUUCCCGAUGAUUUUCCGGACACUGUAUCUGGCCAGGCACACUGUGACGAAGAGAAGAAGCACCUUUUAGAAAAGUACGAGUCCUACCCCCCUGACAAGCGGAGAAAUUAUGGAAAGUUUUUGAUAGCCUCACCGUUUGAGUACCCUUGGGGGGAAAUUCUCGCUGUGUGGUCUCAAGAGUCGAGACUUGAUCGAUUUUGUUGCCUGUCUCAGUCGUCGAAGCGAAUGAAACUCGAGAAUGACACUGAGGAACUUUGCCAAGAUUUUGACGAAUCUUAUCCGGAAGACACUGGAAGUGAAAAGCUUCGAAAGAGGCCUCUUGUCUGCGAAGGUUCACCACUAGACACAGAUCCUUCCACACUCAGUUUCUAUGUUCUGAGAUCGACUGAAGUCCUCGCUGCCCUUGCUCAGUUUGUUGACCAUCUUUUCUCCAAGAAGUACAUGAAAUCUGCUCAAGUCAAUCUGUCCCAUCUUCAGCAUUCAUUCAAGAUGGCGUUGAGGGAGUUCUCUAUCGAUGAGUAUCUAAAGACGCAUUGCUCAGCACUAUUGGGAAUCAAGCUACAAAUGUAUCAGCGUGGAACGCUCUCAAGUCAUGAUGUAAUUUCGGUCCCGUCUGUGUCUGACUUUGCCCCCCUCGUAUCGUGUAGCCGCUCACGUCCCCACUCUGGUCCCAAGGAGGAGAUCAACCCUAAGGGUAUGACUGUGGUCGAGGGAGACUCGCUGACGAUUGGAGUAAGCUCACUGUCUUCAAGGCGAAAAGCAGAGGUCAAGGAGAAGAGGAAACUCGUGGGGACGCGUCUGAAGAAAAUCGCAGAAGAAGAGUCUGAUGGUGAUAUGCCACCAUGGCAAGCAGCUGCCACAGAAGACUACCACCUCCACCCUGUGCAACCAAAGAGAGAGACGUUUGGCUACGUAACAUCGGCCGGCUAUCGACACACCAAAUCUCUCCACUCUGGUGUGGGAUUCUGCACCUUUGCUGGUUUUAUGGAGAUCCUCUCCAAGAGCUAUUCUGCCCCCGGCGUGUGUGAACCCCUUGCCUUGGUGCGUGGGAAUGGAACACAGUACUGGUUUGUGAGAAUUGAACUUUUGUAAUUAUGGAACAAAAAACUCUAUCACAACAAUAUUUUCUCGGAAGUUCAUCGAUCAUGCUUUUUUCUAUUUAUAUAUUCAACAGUCAUUUUCAUUUAUCUUCAUUUAUCUCUCGUUCAUAAUUUCUAUUUAAUCGAUUCAAAUUAAAAAUUAUUUGGUUGUUCUCUCUUUAAA